CUCUCUAGCUCACUGUUUUCCCACACUCUUUCUUCUAAUUUUCUUUGUGUCAAAAAAUCAAAAUGGGCAUUUGUUUCACUAAAGAUUUCUGGUUCAAAAAAUGGCGUUCAAUACCAAUAACUUCUCAAAAACAACCAGAAAAACCUUCACCACCACUUCCACCUCCAAAGCCAGUGAUCCCUUCUUUCAAUACUAUGCCAAGAAGUAAUAGCAGUAAUAUUGGACCAAUUUUGGGCAAGCCUUACGUUGAAAUUACAACCCUUUAUGAUCUUGACAAAGAACUUGGGCGAGGUCAAUUUGGAAUAACAUAUCUUUGUACUGACAAAUCCACUGGAUUAAAAUAUGCAUGUAAAUCUAUAUCCACAAUAAAACUUGUAACUCCAAAGGAUAUAGAAGAUGUUAGAAGGGAAAUUAUGAUAAUGCAGUAUUUGAGUGGACAGCCUAAUAUUGUUGAGUUCAAAGGUGCUUAUGAGGACAAGAAUAAUCUACAUUUGGUCAUGGAGUUGUGUUGUGGUGGAGAGCUUUUUGAUCGUAUUACUGCAAAAGGAAAUUAUUCUGAGAAAGAAGCUGCAAAUAUUGGAAGGCAAAUUGUGAAUGUUGUUCAUGUUUGUAAUUUUAUGGGAGUGAUGCAUAGAGAUCUUAAACCUGAGAAUUUCUUGAUGGUUAGUAAGGCUGAGGAUUCUCCAUUGAAGGCCACGGAUUUUGGUCUCUCUGUUUUCAUUGAGGAAGGAAAAGUUUAUAAGGAUAUUGUUGGAAGUGCAUAUUAUGUGGCUCCUGAGGUGUUACGGUAUAACUAUGGGACGGAGAUAGACAUCUGGAGUGCUGGAGUCAUGUUAUACAUUUUGUUGAGUGGUUUUCCUCCUUUCUCAGCUGAGACCGAAGAAGGAAUAUUUGAAGAGAUACUUAAAGGCCACCUGGAUCUUGAAAGCUCUCCCUGGCCUUCUAUAUCUGCCUCUGCAAAGGAUCUUGUCAAGAAAAUGUUGACAGUGGAUCCUAAGAGAAGGAUCACUGCAGAUCAAGCCCUCGAACAUCCAUGGCUGAAGGAAGAUGGUGAGGCCUCGGACAAGCCUAUCGAUAGUGCUGUUUUGGUCAGGAUGAAGCAAUUCAGAGCAAUGAACAAGAUGAAAAAACUUGCUCUUAAGGUUAUUGCAGAGAAUUUAUCAGAAGAGGAAAUCAAGGGACUUAAGCAAAUGUUUAGCAACAUAGAUACUGAUGGAAGUGGUACAAUCACAUAUGAAGAACUUAAAACUGGAUUAUCUAGGCUAGGAUCCAAGCUCACUGAAUCAGAAAUAAAGCAACUGAUGGAAGCAGCUGAUGUUGACAAAAGUGGGAGUAUAGACUACAUUGAGUUCAUUACUGCUACAACGCAUCGACACAGACUCGAAAGAGAAGAAAACUUGUUCAAGGCUUUUCUGUAUUUUGACAAGGAUUGUAGUGGAUUUAUUACAAGAGAUGAACUCAGACAUGCUUUGACCGAGUACGGAAUGGGGGAUGAAGCUACAAUCGAUGAAAUUCUUGAUGACGUUGAUACAGAUAAGGAUGGGAAAAUUAACUAUGAUGAGUUUGUUGCGAUGAUGAAAAGAGGUACGGUUGAUGGUGAAGGAAAUCAUUGAUAGAUUAACCAUUAUGCUCUUGCCUUCAUUUCUUGCAAAUGUGGAUCAACUUGAGUGUAAAAUGGCAAGCAUUCUCUAUCAAUAAGAUCUUUCAGUAGUUGAAUUUGGGUUGUUUGAUUUGCUCAAGCUGACCCUGUUUAUAGUAACUGCAUUUGUACUAUACCAAGAAUAAGAUCCAUUUACAAUGAAGUGCACCUUACCUCA